AUGUCUGAGAGCAACAAUAACAACGCUUCCACCCUCGGUUCCUAUGUGAACCAGGCCACUGGCGCCGCUCAGCGUGCCUUUGGUGCCGUCACCGGUGACUCGUCCAAGGAGCUGAAGGGCGACGUCCAACAGGAGCAGGGCAAGGCGCAGAACGAAAACUCCCACACCACCGCCAAGAUCGGCAACUUUGCCGCCGACCCCAACACCGGCGCCGUCGCCAAGGACAACUCCUACCGCACCGAGGGCUCCUGGGAUCAGACCGUCGGUUCCGCCAAGGAGGCCAUUGGCAAUGCCAUCGGCAACCAGGGCCUGCGCGAGGCCGGCGCCAAGCAGAACGCCGCGGGCAAGGAGCAGGAGGCCAAGGGCCAGCUCAAGGACUGGGGUCAGGGUGUUGAGAACCGUGCCCAGGGCCACCUCGGUGCUGUGGGUGCCGCGAUCACCGGUGACCGUGCGAAGCAACAGGAAUACGAGGACAUUCACGACGAGGGCAAGGUUCGCCAGCGUGGUGCCGAGGCCGAUAUGGCCAGGGACCAGGGCGUUUAA